AUGAAGAUUAUGAGAACGAUGAUGAUGAUAAUGAUCAAAAUAGAGAUGAUGAUGAUGAUGAUGAUGAUGAUGAUGAUGAUGAUGGCAAAAAUAAAGGAUGGUGGUGUGGUAGUUCUAAAGGUGGUGAAAAUCAUGAUUUUGACUUACUUUGUUUUAUUUCCAGCUAAGUCACGUGAGCGAAGGCACGUACAUCUGCCCGAGGUAUGAAUACACGGCUUUUAGUUUUUUCUUUUGCUUUGCAAUAAGGGCCAGCUGAAAGGCAGUUCAUAACCUUCCCAAAACCAUCGAUACAGCUAUCUGCAAUCAGAUUGGUAUACGUAGUACAUGUAAGGCAAGACAACAGAGCCAAUCCACGGUCGAUUUUUCCAGCUGUUCAAUAUCUUUCCAUAGUCGCGUGCCUGUUAUUUUCUAAACUGAUAUUUAUGUAUGUUUAUAAUACAACUAUCUACAAUGUAAUGUAGUACACUCAUUCCUGACUACGCUAAACUGGGGUCAAAAUCCACUAUCGAUAUAAGCUAAAGGUGUUGGGCUUAGCCCUACUGCCCUUCCGGCAUUUUCUUGGCCGCAUCGUGGAACUUUUGUGAUGUCUGAAGUUCUUGUCGUAGGUUAGUUCAAGUUUUACUGUUUAUAAAAACAGGGCCGUCGUCCAGUGUAAAACAGCAUACAAGACAGACGUACAUACCCGGGGGGUACUCAACAAGAAUUAAUGCGGGGAGGCUCCGCCCCGAAGUCCAACUCCUUACCCUUUUAUAUACCGUUUUUGAAAGAAAAGCUAAGGUACCCCUUCCGUAUAGCUUUUAUUGACAAAUGGCACCCCUUUCACAUACUAAUUUACAGCGCUGCACCCUUUUCAACUGCUAUAAAAUGAACUUUCGUUUACAUAUGAAUAAAUCACCAAGCCAGAAAGUUAUCUUUGUCUUUCUCACAGCAAUAAAAUGCGCCCGUUAGCCCGUUAGUUGUACAGACCACAAUGACAGAGUUCACUAUCCUUUCAUAUACUUCAACUAGGGAAACCCCUUUCCUUUCACAUACCUGAAACUUGAAAAAGGUAACCCCCUUGGGCGGAGCCUCCCCGUUUUGGCCAUUAGAGGGAGUACCUCCCACCACCACCACCCCUGGUGCACAAAACAAACCACUGAAAUUUUUCAGACGUCAAAUACGUGUAGUAUGAAAACGGGACGCAGUAAACUGGGACGCCUUUAUACCCGGCUUGUCCAGGAACCAUUGGAAAGAGUCGAUGUUUUGUCUUCUUUUGAUAAAACUCUGCUUGUUUCAAUGUUUUCGUUUACUUCUAUGCGUCCCGUGUUUACACCAGAUGACCUAAACUUCUCUAGCAUAAAAAAGGCCCUCUUUCCACACAGGUCACAGUCACGCUGAAGAUGGACUGGGAUGUGCAGGGAGUAGGGAAAGACAUUCCUGCGAGUGUCAUUAUGAAGGUUCAAAACGGUACCACUUUGAUGGAAAUGGUAAACAAGGCGGCUGAAGACGACAAAAAGGGACCUUACAACAAAUACGACAGCGUUUACCAUGGUGGAAUGGGUUAUGUUAUAACCGGUAUGUACGGAAUCGAGGAGGACCCAGCGACUAAUAAGCGUUGGAUGAUUCUUGAAGAGCAAAGUGGGAAGACGAUUCCUUGUGGCGUGGAUUUUUACGUUCCUGAAAAUGGUUCCAGUAUCAUUUUCCGUUUCACUACAUACUCUGCUGACUCCGAUCAUAAUCACACUACGAGUGGAUAUUGCAAACCAGCCUCGAGCUCUCACCAGGUAAGGGAGUCUUGUAGAAAGGACAGAACACAAGUGAGAUCAUUAUCGCUGUGGGCCGGAGUGCCCUUCUCUUGCUGAUUGGUCGCUAGGCUCAGCAAAAAAGAGCGAACGAAUGCGUCCGCUUUCAUGGCACUGAGUUUAUCAUUAUCAUUAAAAAAAUAUUAUCAUGAAUUGAAAUACAUGAAAUGAAUAAUAUUUGCGGAUAAAGACAUGAAAGUGAGCCUGAUUUUUGCAGUAGAAUGAACAACCCAAGUGGUUGACAAAGAACCUGAAAAAUUCGUGCUUCAUACCGGAAAUAUCGAACCCUGCCUUUUAUAAUGCCCGGGCGUAACGCUCCAUCCCUUGAGCUAAUCAAGCCAUUUGGAAACCAGGUCAUUGUGAGUUCAAAAUAUACCAGAUUCUUCGUCGUUGUCGUCAUCAUCAUCAUCGUAUAUAGCCAAGAUGUCAUUGCUUGUACUGUCCGUUAGAAAGCGACGGCGUUUCCUACACUUGGCUCGUCAUGUGACGCUGUUUGUUUCGCAGCACAUGGCAUUCUAACCAUGCAGUUUUGAUUCUAGAAAGACGGCCAAUCAAAUGAACGCUAAACGCGAAAAUCCUUCGCCCUGUCCUGCGAUACUGUACAUUGUGCCUCGUAGCCUACGAGCAAGCUCUCCAUUUGGAGGAGCCGCGAGAGGUCAGGCGAGAUCAGGCUAUGUGUUCCGCAAUGUAAGGUAGUCGAUGAAAGGAAAUCUUUAGGUGUGGUCAUAAAGAAGGAAGCUACUGACCAGUACUUUCUGUAGUGUCGUUUACUGUCAUUGUAGAUUGAAGUCAUGUGGCACCUCUUUAGUCUGUGAAUUAGAGUUAUAGGCUGAUGGGUGCUGGCAUUUAAAAGAUAACCAUAAGCAAUAGCGUAAUCUACACAUAAGAAAAAUUUCCACUUAACUACGUACAUCCACUUCCUUUCAUCUAGUCGCCAGCCUCGCCCAUCACUGUAACCAUUGCAUUGGACUGGAACGUGACGCUAGUUGGAAAACCAAUCCCAGCUCCACACACCACUCAAGUCACAAACGGCAGUGUUCUUUUGGAUAUAAUAAACAAGGUUGCCGAUGAGGAUCCGGAAGGUCCUUUCAAUAGAUACGUCUCUACUUACCAUGGUGGACUGGGGCAUUCUGUUACUGCCUUUAACGGCACCGCACAGGUAAGUGUUUCUACUUACUUGCGUAAACCAAUCACGACUAGAAAGGUAUGUCUGCGAAGCAUCGCCGAGGUCCAUGUAACGGGCCCCCAACGGAAAUAACAAAUUAAUUACAAAGAGUGCGUUAAUUUCCCUUCAAACUGAUUGGCUAAUGUUGUUACACUAACGUUUUUUCUAAGGGUUCCCCCUUGGGAAGUCCCUUUUUUCCCUGGGGGUAGUUUACGGCCAAGGAAUGAAACGUUUCCCCCAAAAGAAAGUAGCGUUUUCCAGCUGGGAGUAGCUUUUACCCCUGGGAAAUUAAUGUUUCCCCUUGGGGAAGAAGCAUUUUUUCCCCUUGGGGAAGUAGUUUUUUCCCCUCGGGAAGUAGCUUUUUGCCUUUUUCAUGUAAAAGCUUCUUAGCUACCUGCCUGUUAAGCUUAUUAGUUGGAUAAGCGCUACUUUGCCGAGUGGUACUGAGGUCGCGGGUUUUGAGCCCUGGCCGAACCACCAAAUCAAGGUCUGUUUGAGAAGAUGCUGGCUGUGACAUGAGACCUCUCUCAUUCAUUGGGAGGUGUCCUUAAGGGAAGGGUCUUCUCUACUUCAUCCCUCACUUAUGAAUUCAAAGGGGAAGUGAAAGAACGAACAACAGCCCUUGAAGACCUUGGUCUAUCUAUAGCCUGCUAGCACUCCUUCAGGAUUGUCGUAUGGGCGAGCAUGUCAUGUGCGAGCAAGCGAGGCAAGCACGCGAGGGAGAAGACAACGUCCUCGUCCUCGCGCGUUUGCCCUUUUAUCUCGAACGUAAUAGGACUUUUAAAGCCAGAAACUCUUUUUAUGCAACUAAAUACAACUUCUCUCCUGAAGACUUUUCUGGUUAAGUGGCAGAAGCGAAAGUCGUCAUGUAGAUCAUGUUGGGGAAGGGUUUUUCUCUCGUGUGAAAAACAUCUUUCGCACCUCUGGGACGUUUGAAAAAUCAAGAGCAAAAGAAAAAUCGGGAUUCUACUGUAUAUAAAAUUACUUUUAAUGGAUAGUUUGAACCUUAAAAACGUUCUUUGUUUUAGGAUCCUCAGGCAAGUAUCUAUUGGAUGAUUCACAACAACCACACCAGAGAGCAUGCGCCCUUGGGAGUGAGCCAGUACAAGCCAAAGGAUGGCUCUGUUACAGUUCUAAUGCAUGAAAAACUCACAAGCUAUGGACCCUCUACAGGGAAACCAACAGUGGAGAGCUCUGGUCACAGAUUUGUGGGUACAGGAUUGGUUGUCCUGUGUUUCUUGACCACCGUUGAAAGCAUGUUCUUUUUAAUGGCUAAAUAUUAAAGGUGCCUAUGUUACAUUUGUCUGCUGUUGCAUUUUAAAUUUGACCAACA